UAGGCCUGCAGUAGACUCUGUUGCAGACAUUCAAUGAGGGUGUGCCUAUAUAUUUUGAAGCUCUCCUACGUUGAUUUACGCAGGAAAUUGAAAGUUGAGGAUCAGAUCUUGUAGUGACGGACUAAAAAUAUUAAUACGCAUUUGCCAAAUGAACCAAAAUAAACGUAAAAGGACCAAGAACCAAAGAAAAAAAAUGCAUAGAAAGUCAAAGAAAAAUGUGCAUAAUGAGUCAUUAUUCUAUGAGGCUGAAAGAAGGUACCAGUAUAAAGAUAGACGAAGGAGCAGCCACUUCUCAAGUUUACAGACUCACGUUUAUGAUGAUGGAACAAACACAUUCUUCUGGCGAGCACAUUCUAUUACUGUCCUGGUUUUCAUGAUUAUCUCUCUGCUCUAUGUGGCAUUGGUAGAAGAUGAGCGGCGAGAUGAUACCGGUUAUCAUGUCAAAAGAGGUCUUGCUGCAUGUGUUGUAACGUUUUGCCUAUGGGGUAUGACCCAAGCCAAAGAUGGUCCCUUUCGACGCCCUCAUCCAGCCCUUUGGAGACUAGUUUUAUGCCUGUGCGUUGUUUACGAAUUGCUUUUGGUCUUCCUUCUUUUUCAGACAAUUGAUGAUGCAAGAAAAUAUGUUGGAUAUAUAGACCCUGACUUAGGCAAGCGUUUACCUGAACAGUCAUAUGCAGAAGAUUGUCGUCUGUAUGUGCCAGACCAUGUUGAUGGACCUUUUGCAAACCUUUGGCUCAAAUGGGAUUUUUUCGUCUUUAGUCACUUGUUUGGCUGGUUCGUUAAGAUGAUAAUUGUUCGUGAUUUCUGGAUGUGUCAAGUACUAAGCAUUGGUUUUGAACUUUUGGAAUAUUCCUUGGAGCAUCAGUUGCCAAAUUUUGCAGAAUGCUGGUGGGAUCAUUGGAUUAUGGAUUUCUUAGUUUGCAAUUCCCUAGGGAUAAUUAUAGGACAGAUGACACUACGAUACCUCAAUAUACGGGAAUAUGAAUGGCGUGGAUUAUGGAACAUUCGAUCAUACAGAGGUAAAAUGGUUCGUGUGAUCCAACAGUUCACUCCAUACAGCUGGACAAGAUUUGACUGGAAACCAACUAAAAGCUUAAAACGCUGGCUAGCAGUUAUAGGAAUCAUGUGUAUGUUCCAAAUUGCUGAAUUGAAUACGUUUUACCUGAAAUUUGUAUUGUGGAUCCCACCACCACACUUUAUAAACUGGGCCCGCAUGAUAAUGUUAAGUCCAGCAGCAGCUGUUGCAAUACGAGAAACAUUUCAGUAUUUGGAAGAUCCUACCUGCAAGAAAUUUGGGGAACAGUCAUGGAUAAUUUCUGCCAUGAUUCUAACUGAAGUUUUACUUGUGCUCAAGUUUGACAGGGAAUUGAUUCUUAAGCCGUUUCCCUCCCACAUCGCAGUCUGUUGGAUCAUUGCCUUUAUCAGUCUCGUUGCGUGGACAAUAUAUCAGUUCUACAUCCGUCCACAGUUUUGUGCCCCAGAACAGGAGCCAGUAGAAAUUGAGUAUGAUUCUAACGACGGAGAAUUUUCAGAGGUACACACAAACAGUGUGGGGAAUGGCAUAAAGCAGAACUACCACUUGAGACGUAGACCUAUCAAUGGUAAAUAAGCAUAGUUGUAGGUUCCCUAUCCUGCAGGUAAACUCCCAUAGCGAAAGCACAGCACAAGCACAGUGGGCUCACUGCUCCCGACAGUUGAUGCGAUUCCAUGGAAAACGCCAUGAGCAGAGUUUAAUUCAUCGUACGAUGCAGUGAGUCUCCGGGUUUAUAUAUUCUUUUACAUUUUGAUUACGUCAUGAUUUUGGACGGAUGUUAACAAAUUAUUAAUAUUGAAUUCUAACUUUAAUUUGAUUGUUGUUUUUGUUUAAUAAAGGCAGACCUUUUUUGUAUUUUUUUCCCCCAUUUUUGGCUUAUUUCAUUUCUAUUUUUUAUGAUACUCAGUGGCGGAGGUAAGAUAAAUUUUUAUUAUGGCACCUAUAGAUGGCUGGAAUUUGCACGCUCAGACUUAAAAUUUUAAUAUAAUUGUCUUUAUAUCUCCAUUUAAAAAAAAUUUUCAACAAUUUAGGGGGGCCUGGUCCAGCUGGGCCUCUAAUUGAAUCCGCCACUCAUACUGUUAAUCAAAAUGUAAAAAUUGCUUUACAUGGAUUUUUGUAAAACUAAGGUUCAAAAUACAAGUAUCUUGGCUUAAUG